AUGGCUUCAGCUCAGAUCAACGGCAAUGACGAGGCUCCCAACCGUGACCUGCCCAUCCAUGAGCGCCUCCACAGCUUGCGUGGCUGCAAUGGCAUCUUCGAUGCGAACGAACUCUUCGAAAUGAUUACUUGCCUCCUCGAUCUGAAGCAGAUUGUCACCAUGCGCCGCGUGAGCAAGUGGUUCCGCGACUUCAUCGACGGCUCGGUCUCCAUCAAGACGAAGAUGUUCCUGGUCAAAGACAAGACUGCGCCCAAGGCCUGCCUCGGACCAUUCCUCAACCCAGUCCUCUUCGACUGUAGCGUGCCAAGCUACUUCGGCUACUUCAAAGUCGACCUGUCUACGCCUCUCUCAGACUACGACUCCCGCAUCCUCAUGUACCUCGCACAGCAACCAGCCAAGAUUGUCGAGAUUAGUUGGGUGCUUUACCGACAUCAUCCGCCCACGGCAUUCCGGAAGGCGUGGACUGAGCACAGAAGUGAGCAGGAGACCCUGUUUACUCGUCAGGGCGUACUAGUGGCACACUUGCAGGCGGUCAUUUAG